CAUUUUUUAAACUUCCGUGUUAGCGAAUGUUCUCUCUUUUCUACCAGGCCGAUCCAACAUGGGACGAGUCAGGACCAAGACUGUAAAAAAGGCCGCCCGGGUCAUCAUCGAAAAGUACUACACGCGUCUGGGCAAUGAUUUCCACACCAACAAGAGGGUGUGCGAGGAGAUCGCCAUCAUCCCCAGUAAGAAGCUGCGCAACAAGAUCGCAGGGUAUGUGACCCACCUGAUGAAGCGGAUCCAGAGGGGUCCUGUUAGAGGCAUCUCCAUCAAGCUGCAGGAGGAGGAGAGGGAGAGGAGGGACAACUAUGUUCCUGAGGUCUCUGCCUUGGACCAGGAGAUCAUUGAAGUGGACCCUGACACCAAGGAGAUGCUGAAGCUGCUGGACUUCGGCAGCCUGUCCAACCUGCAGGUCACCCAGCCUACAGUCGGAAUGAACUUCAAGACCCCAAGAGGAGUCUAGGCAUUUGUAAUAUAUCUCUCAAUAAAGAGAACAAAAAAAGUG